GCUUUUAAUUCUAGUGUUUCUUUCAUUGAAGGAAUAUUUGCCCGUGUGUUUUAAACCCCGAGGAAAAUUCUUCUGAACUACAAGAAAUUAAGAUUGUUAACAGAGAUUUUCAGGCUGAAGCCUUACAGCUGAUCAGCAGCGGUCGGUAUGAAGAACGUGAGGACUUUGCAGUUGUCAUGCAGCCGUUUUUCCGAAACACAUUGUUGCCCCUGGAUAGCGAUAGCAAGCCAGAUAUGAGAUUCUUUGCUGCAGACUGCUUUCAUUUCAGUGAAAGAGGUUAUGCUGAGAUGGCUAUAGCUCUCUGGAAUAAUAUGCUGGAGCCAGCUGCUGGAAAGCAGACUUACAACAACUUCACCUAUGACAGAUCAAAACUCAAGUGUCCAAGCUCAGAGAAACCCUUUCUAUCCACACUGAGAAACAGUGGGUUCAGAAAUUCAGACCUCAACUUGGAUAAAACUGAACCUUCAGUCCCCUACUGGGCUGUCAUUGUGGCUGCAGUAGCUGGAGUCCUGGCGGGUUCUUUACUUAUCUGGAUAGUGCUGAGAAGAAAAGUCAAGAGGUACCAACAUAGGACUGACACAGAGAAGAACAUGAAAAUGACACCUCUGUGA